AUGACUGGAAAUCGGUUUGACCCUUUUCAUCAUCAUCAUGUUACCGAAUGGGUUUUCGAACCAGACCACGAUAACUCCCAUCCCGAGUGCAGGCUCGGAACAUCUUGCAGCAUCAAUCGAGAGGGAACAUGUCCAGUAAUGGCCAUAUUCUCGACUUACCAAGAAUGUGGGCUCUGGGAUGCCAGUGACCCUAAGCAUCGAGCCUGUAUUUCGGGCCAGCCCUGUACCGUGACAGAUAACAAACUCUGUGCGCGUAUACUCUUCUUAGCCAAACAUCAACAUGCCUACGGGGCAUGUCAGGCGUGGAGUGACCCUGACCACACAAACUGCCCGCCUAUCACCAGUGAGGAGAAGUGGCGGCUGUUCCCCCCUUGUCUUUCAUGUGGCGUGUUGACAGAGGCCAGGGGACUUAUUCUCAUCCAUCGGCGGAUGCUUGAUGAGUGGAGUUGUGAUGAGAAAUUUAUUUUGGCAGAUAGGCAUUACGUUCAGACUGGCUUGAUUGGCUACAUGCGGGCAUAUGAAACUAGAAGGGCGAUGCAUGUGCACGAGCUGCGUGAUGGAAGCGAAGCAUCGUACCAGUUGGAGAAGAAAUACAUUGCCGGGGUGGAGGGGCAGGCCUUGGGCGUGGCUGAACGUGCAACCAAGCGGAAGACUCGGUGGUGUAAGAUUCUGGAAAAAUUCGCCAAGAUUGUUCGUCGGCUUUCCUUGGGUAUGUAG